UCAAAGGCAACGAUUUGAUACAGUGUACUGUUUGGUUUAGGGUAUAGAACGCCUGUUAACACAGUCCUACGAGGAACAAUUGAACGGAUCAGUACGAGAUCUACAUGUGUGCCAUCGAUCACGCGUUGUCAAUCCCAUGACAUAGAGCCAGUGAUAUAGUUGAUCCAUUCUAUAAUACACUGCAACGAAACGCCGUUAUUGUUAUUCACCAUGGGCCAGACGGUCUCGGGAUACAUCGAGCCUUGGAUCCGACCCUGGGCCGAGUAUUACCUAUCUUGGAAAUUUGAGCGCUACAUUGCCAAGUUGAAGCCGGAGGAUCUGAAAACAUGGGAGGUGUACGACUACGAGGGGGUUGCUCUCAAUCUGGAUGUUCUCCCAAGCACCAUGGAUGACUUGAAGACAUUGGAGAUCCGUCACGAUGAUGUCUUCAUCGUCACGUAUGCCAAAGCAGGAACAACAUGGACGCAGGAGAUAAUGUCUUGUAUACUCCACGAUGGAGACUUGGAGACGGUCAACAAGACGCACACAAUGAGAAGAGUUCCUUUCUUAGAAAUGAACUUCGGAGGCACAGUGCACAGUGAUUAUACUCGAACUCACAAGAUGAUCGGUUGGAUGCCGAGGAGUUCUCCCCGCCUCAUCAAGUCCCACCUGCCGGGUCAACUCCUGCCUCCUCAGGUCUGGGAGAAGAAGGUCAAGAUCGUCUACGUCAUCAGGAACCCCAAGGAUGUGGCUGCAUCAUACUUUCAUCACAGUCGGAUGAUGAGUCCCCUUAACGACAUUCAGUGGGACGAUUUCUUUGAGAAAUUCCACAGCGGGAAUAUUGGCUUUGGAAAGUGGUGGGAGCAUUUUCUUUACUUCUGGGAAAGGAGAAACGAAGAACACAUUUGCCUCCUUCGCUUUGAAGACAUGAAAAAGGAUCUGCGUGGUACUGUUAAAAAGGUCAGCGAGUUUCUGGGCAAAUCGUUCCCUGAUGACGUCAUCGACGCCAUCACCGACCAUUGCACCUUUGCCAACAUGAAGAAGAACCCCAUGACCAACCCUGAUGUCGUGAUAGAGAAUAUUAUGGGGAAACAAGAAGGGACAUCCUUCAUGCGGAAAGGUGUCGUUGGUGAUUCAAAGACCCACCUGUCUGAAUCCCAGGCGGCAGCAAUAGACGCUGUGUGUAAAGAGAAGCUGGCACCAGCCAGUCUUACUUUCGACUGAUGUGCGAAGUCAUCAAUAAAACACAGAUGAGACACUUAGACCCAAUAAGAGCUUUUGAGAAUUUUUAAUAAACAAUUCAAACUGUGAGGUUUAAUUACAGAAAGUAGAUUGAAACACUAAGCGAUUAAAUGGUACUUAAAUGAAGAAAAAAAGUAAAUUAAUAAGACUAAACGUAGAUAUUGACAAGGAGAAGGAGAAACGUCUUGUGUAUAAAUACUUCACUUGGUUAUUGCAUAAUUAUAAAAAUUUACAUUGCCUCAUUUGCAUAAAUACCUAUAACUCAUUUUGAGCAGGGAUAUAGGUGUUGGACACAUAUUCCGAACCUAAGUCUUUAUCUCGGAACUACGAUUACAUACAUCUACAGUAUUUUUGUUACUUUUGGUAUAAAAUUAUAAGUUUCAAGAAAGUAUUUUAUUAAGGCCGAACACACUACUUAUUUGAUUUAUUGUAUCACUAGGUUCGGUCUGUGGAAAGAAUGUUGCAGCCUGACGCUACUUCAGCGGUUGUGUACCAAGUCUAUGGAGUAUCUAGAAAUUUUUUAAGUAUUUCCUAACAAAAUUGAAAAUGUUUCUCGGUUUCAGAUUCAUGUCAUCAAUUUUGCAAUGACUGACCUUCAUUGAGAUGAUUAUAAUGAAGAAAAAUGCAGCGUCAGGUUGCAACAUUCUUUCCCCAGUCUGUUUGUAUAACUCAAUAAAUGAUCAGCGUUGGUCAGUAGAGUAUUCGACUCAGCUGAAA